AUGUCCGAAGAGGCUCAAAAUGCAUCCAAGACGCUCACGCCGUUGGUGACCGCAACGGAGCAUACGACGUUGACGACCGCGGAAACGGACACGCCCGUCUCAGCGGGAAUGCCUACAGUCACUGCGCUAAAUCCGCCGACACGGCUUGGGUCAAUUGACGAGGAUGAGGCUGCUGCUGCGACUUCAGCAGCUACUGCUGAGCUUGCGCCGCGAGACGCGUCUGAGGAAGGACCCAUUGAGGCGACGAAGGAGGAGGCCUCCGAGACAUCCGCGGCGGAGCCUCCAGUAACGCAGUCAAAUUCGGAUAACAAGUCUGCAGAAGCGAAGCCUAUUCCAGAACACAGUAUCUCAGAGGACGAAGAUGAGUAUCUCUCGUCGAAAGAGGAGACCUCCGGCGAGAGUGUCUCAGCAAGCCCAGCGAAGACUCGUACAUCCAUCCCUCCCCCGGUGGUGACGGACAAGGUUUCCGCAACAUCGCCAGCCACUCUGGACUCGCUCCUCUCUCCUACGGAGACGGAGGGCAAGUUUUCUAUUCGCGAAUCUGUCGCAGCCUCCGACGUUACCGACGACGAAACGCGCUUCUCUACCGUGCUUCUCAGCAGCGCGCGCCAGAGCCUCAACCUCACUCCCGGUCCAAAGGUGUCUAUCGCAUCCAGCGACCUAGUUUCCGUCGACGAAGGUACGGGCUCGGACGAGAUCACCCUCGUGGACGACUGGCGGAAGCACAAGAAGACCGCGUCGAACUCGACCAUCCUCUCCGUCACCAACGUGCCGUACCUGAUUUCGCAACUAGAUGAGGGUACCGGGGCGGACUCGCGUGAACGCCCGAACAGCAUGGGAGGCAAAAUACGAGAGGAAUUUUACCAGAAGCAGCCGGCGGGCGAGGUGAGAGACUAUACCGCUGAGGGAGAGGUCGUCGUAGAUUGGGAUUUCUGGGGGCAAGUGAUGAAUGAUUACCAAGGAUUCGCAUCACAACAUCCCGAGCAGCUAGCGAGGGCUAUCGAGCGAGGGAUCCCGAAGGCAUUGCGCGGCAUGGUCUGGCAACUAAUGUCGGCAUCCAAGGAUCCGGAACUUGAGGCGACGUAUCUUCGGCUGCUAAAGGAGCCAAGUCCUCACGAGAAAGCCAUCAUGCGCGACUUGGGAAGGACAUUUCCACAUCAUGCAUUCUUCACGGACGGGCAUGGUAUUGGUCAGGAGAACCUAUUCAACGUGCUGAAAGCAUAUUCUCUGUAUGAUCCACAAGUGGGCUAUUGCCAAGGUCUACCGUUCAUCGUUGCAAUUCUGCUUCUGAAUAUGCCUGAUGAGGAAGCGUUUUGCCUCUUGGUUCGUCUCAUGCACUCGUACGAUGUCCGUGGCCACUUCCUCCCGGACAUGCCCAAGUUGCAACUUCGGCUGUUCGAACGAUUACUGGAAGAGCUUCUCCCCGUUCUUCACCUUCACUUCGUCCGACAAGGCAUCAAGGCGAGCAUGUACUGCUCACAAUGGUUCCUCACUAUGUUCAGUUACCGUUUCCCGAUGGAGAUUGUCUUCCGAAUAUACGACAACGUUCUAGCGAGCGGCAUCGAGGCAAUGUUCACGUUCAGCAUGACAUUACUCAUCAAGAACGAAGAGACGUUGCUUUCGAUGAAGUUCGACCAACUCCUCUCGUUCCUCAACAUACGCGUGUUCGAAGUAUACCAGGUGGAACCACCAUUUGAAGGCCAGACGGAUGUAAAAUACCACGUGGACCACUUCGUGCAAGACGCCAUGUCGCUUCGCAUCACGCCAUUCAUGCUCGACAGCUAUGCACACGAGUAUGAGGAGCUCGUUCGCGCGCGGGACGCUCACAAGCUUGAGAUCGAUACCCUAAAGAACUCCAACAGACAGCUUGUCGCGCAAGUUAAGAACCUCGAGUCGAACUUGGCACAGCUCAACACGGAGCACUGCGAAGUCCUGAACGAGCUUGUGAGGGCACGUUUACGACACGAGGAUUUGGAGUCGGAGCUCGUCCGAUAUAAACUACUAUACGCUGAGGCGAUGCACCAGAGUGAAGACGCGAUGUCCUCCCACCGCAUCUCACUCGUCGCGAGCAGCAAGCGCGGCAGCGCCAGCACCACGGAUAGCCGACGGGCGCUACCGUGA